AUUGCCGAUGACUUGAUGAAAGAGUUUGCGUAUCUUUCUGGUGGGCGAGGAAAGGAAAAUGGCUGGAUCAUAACCCUUCCGGAAAAUUCCCAUUUCAACCAAAUGCCCGAGGAGGUUGUGACAAAGGUGUUAACCUACUUAACUUGGAUCCCAAGCCAGCGCAAAUCCGACAGCAAGUUUAUCCUAAUCCUGGACAGGCGGCUGGAUACAUGGACGUCAGUCAAAAUGACUCUGCAAAGGGUAGCUGCAUCUUUCCCUGGCAACCUGCACCUCGUGAUGGUUCUGCGUCCCACUGGAUUUUUCCAGCGUACUUUUACCGACAUUGGAUUUCGGUUCAGCCAGGAAGACUUCCUACUCAAGCUGCCGGUUGUUAUGCUGAGUUCAGUCAGUGACUUGUUGAUGUACAUCGAUGAAAAGCAACUGACUCCUGAGUAUGGGGGCUCCUUGGAGUACUGCCACAGAGAAUGGGUCAUUUUCAGAACAGCCAUAGAAAGUUUUGCACUCACCGUGAAGGAAAUUGCCCAGAUGCUGCAGUCCUUCGGCAUGGAGCUGGCGGAGACAGAGCUGCCGGACGACACCUACUCGAUUGAGCGCAUCCUGGCUCUGCGCACCGAGAAGUACUACCAGCUGAAGGAAGAUAUUACAACUGUUACCAAAGAGGGAAAUAUGCUCCUGAGCGGUUUAGAAGAGCCAGAGGCAGAGGAGCCCAGCGAGGAGCACGCGCAGGAGAGGUCCGCUGACUGGGAGACUGUUAACCGAUUGCUUGCACAGCUGCAUGAGAUGGAAGCUGCUUUCGACGGGUUCUGGGAGAAACAUCAACUGAAAAUGGAGCAAUAUCUGCAGCUGUGGAGGUUUGAGCAGCACUUUGAAGAGCUCAGCAAAGCCAUUGCGUUUUUACUGGACCAGCAAAGAGAACUUCCAGAUACUGCAGACAACGUGUCUCAAGUCAAACAAAGGCUUCUAGAGCUGGAUAACUUGGACAAAAUGUCACAGGAUCUGACAGGGAAGGCCCAAGUGGUGAUUCUUCAUGGGCACCAGUUGGCAGCUAACCACCAUUACGCCCUCAACUUGAUCUGCCAGCAAUGCAAUGAACUGCGGCACCAUUCAGACAUCUUGCUGGAGGAGAUCAAAAGGAAACGCAACCGACUCCAAAAAACAUUGGCUCUCCUCACCUCACUGCAGCAGGCCCUGGAGUGCUGUGACGAAGGUGCAUAUCUUCUAGCCAACCAGCCAAUGGACAAGUGCCAGUCCCGGGAAGGUGCCCAGAAAGCUCUCCAAGACAUAGAGAAGUUCCUCGAGAGCUCUUCACUGCAUUUAAAUGCAGAUCCUCAAGACCUGUACUCUGUCUUUGAGCUCAUUCUAACACCUGAACUCAAGGCCCGGAUACAGACAGUCCAAGUCAAGCUCGAAAAUGUGCGCAGCAUGUUCGAGAACAGACAAGCGUGCUUCAGAAAGCUGGCCGACAAACAAGUGCGCCCUGUGCAGCUUGUAGCCCCACGGCCGGAAAACCCGCCCCGAUCAAAAUCUCCACUGUUUUCCCCCAAACAUGGGAAGAAAACAUCGAGGAAAUCUCAAAGCUCUCGCAAGAUUGAAGUUAUACAUGAUUAUCAAGAGAAAAGGAAUUCCUUGCAGUAUUUCAUUUCAGAAAGUGAAGACAGUUUGGACAUUUUGAAAAGCCAUGUGAUAAAUGAGCUGAUAGAAACUGAACGGGUGUAUGUGGAGGAAUUGUUCACUGUUCUAAUGGGCUACAGAGCAGAGAUGGACAACCCCACGAUGGCCUUUCUCUUGCCCCCCAUGCUGCAAAACCACAAAGAUGUCCUCUUUGGGAACAUGCCUGAGAUUUAUGACUUCCACAACAAAAUUUUCCUCCACCUCCUGGAGAGCUGCCUUGAAGCACCAGAGAGAGUCGGAUACUGUUUCUUGGAAAGGAGGGAAGAUUUUCAGAUGUAUGAGAAAUACUGUCAGAAUAAACCACGGUCAGAAUCUCUGUGGAGGCAGUGUGCAGAAAGCGCCUUCUUUCAGGAAUGCCAAAGAAAACUAGAGCACAAGCUUGGCUUGGAUUCCUAUUUGCUCAAACCUGUGCAACGGCUAACGAAGUACCAGCUGCUUCUUAAGGAGUUGCUGAAGUACAGCACAAGCUGCGAAGGUGUCCAGGAGCUCCAAGAAGCUCUGGUUGCCAUGCUGGAUUUGCUGAAGUCAGUCAAUGAUUCCAUGCACCAGAUUUCGAUAACUGGCUAUGAUGGUGACAUUGGAGAACUCGGGAAAGUGCUGAUGCAGGGGUCCUUCAGUGUGUGGACAGGGCAUCACAAAGGUCCCACGAAGAUGAAAGACUUGGCCAGGUUCAAGCCGAUGCAGCGGCACCUUUUCCUGUAUGAGAAAGCGCUGGUAUUUUGCAAGAAGAGAGAGGAUCACAGCGACAGCCACGAGAAAACCUCCUCGUAUAGUUUUAAGCACUUCUUGAAAAUGAAUGCAGUUGGCAUCACCGAAAAUGUGAAAGGAGACCAUCGGAAGUUUGAGAUCUGGUACAGUGGCCGGGAGGAGGUGUAUGUUGUCCAGGCCCAAACCGUUGAUCUGAAGAUGGCGUGGCUCAAUGAGAUCAGGAAGAUUUUGUUCAAGCAGCAAGAGCUUAUCAAAGUGGAGAAGCAGCCUCCGCCUUCGUGUGCUGACCAGAUCCAGCUUUCCCCUCCUCUGAGCAAUGGGAAAAAUCCGAGGGCUUCUGUGAGUUCAGAGGAAAAUGAUUCUGAACAUACCAGCCCAGUAGCCUUGGACAGCAUCGCUUCUUCCCCACAGAGCACAUCGCCCAGGAGAUAUAAGGUCUUAGCGGACUGCAAGAAGAGGGAUUCGGAUGACUUGCUGGUGAAGAAUGGGGAUGUCAUUCAGCUGCUGCAUGAAGAUGGAGAGGGACAGUGGUAG